CAUGCACUACCUUUAUAGACCACGCACGAGCUUCAUAGACCACGCACGAGCUUCAUUAGCUUACAAUUGUUUUAGCUUGGCGAGGCUCUGUUGCCUCACGAUGUCUCUGUCUGUCCAUAAAUGGUUUUGCGUCCUGAUUCUGUGUAUGUUCUCUCAUGACGUUGUUGCAAAAACAGUUAGGCGCAAUGUUCUCUUCAUCAUGGCUGACGAUUUGAGACCAACAUUAGGAUGCUACGGGGAUCCUAUUGUAAAGUCACCAAACAUUGAUCAACUUGCCUCUAAAAGUAACGUCUUUCUCAACGCAUAUGCCCAGCAAGCAGUGUGUGCACCAAGUCGGACCUCCUUACUAACAAGUCGUAGACCUGACACAACCCGGUUAUAUGACUUUAACUCCUACUGGAGAGUGCAUGCGGGGAACUACACCACUCUCCCUCAGUACUUCAAGUCAAAGGGCUACACCACCAUGUCGGUUGGAAAAGUUUUUCACCCAGGCAUAGCCUCUAAUCACUCGGAUGAUUACCCGUACAGCUGGUCUGUACCUCCUUAUCAUCCUCCCUCUUUCAAGUAUGAAAAUAUGAAGGUUUGCAAGGGCAGUGAUGGCAAACUGCAUGCCAACCUGUUGUGCUCAGUUAAUGUGUCUGAAACCCCUCUUGGGACACUGCCAGACAUGGAGAGCACAGAGGAGGCCAUCAGGCUGCUCAAGUCCACAAGGGAUUCUGGCAAGAAUUUCUUUCUGGCUGUUGGAUUCCACAAACCUCACAUUCCCUUCAGAAUCCCACAGGACUUCUUGACACUCUAUCCCCUGGAUAAGAUGAGCCUGCCUCCAGACCCUGACGUUCCUAAAGGCCUCCCCAGCGUGGCCUACAAUCCCUGGACUGACAUCAGGAAAAGGGAAGAUGUCCAAGCUCUAAACAUCAGCUUCCCAUAUGGGCCGAUCCCAAAAGAUUUCCAGCUCCAGAUUCAACAGCACUAUUAUGCAUCUGUGUCAUACAUGGACUCCCAAGUGGGUCGGUUGUUGAAUACUCUGGAUUAUCUUGGCCUGGCUGAAGACACUGUUGUGGUCUUUACAUCUGACCAUGGCUGGUCACUUGGGGAGCAUGGAGAAUGGGCCAAAUACAGCAACUUUGACGUGGCCACACGCAUUCCACUAAUGUUCUACGUAGCAGGCGUGACUGCAGUCCCUCCUUGGCCAGAGACCUUCCCUUACAUUAAUGUGUUUGGCCCAACACUGCAUCGCUUCACACGAGGAGGAACAGUGAGCAACGUGAACGAGCUGCUAGAUAUCUUCCCCACUGUGUCUGUCCUGGCUGGGCUGAAGCCCCCGCUCACCUGUCCCGACAACUCCCUUGAUGUGGAGCUCUGCACCGAGGGACACGACCUGGCCUACACCUUCAACAACGACGACAACCACAAGAAGUCUGAGGCCAUUGCCUUCAGCCAGUACCCCCGGCCCGCCGACACCCCCCAGGAAAACUCCGACCUGCCCGACCUGAAGGACAUCCGGAUAAUGGGCUAUUCUCUGCGCUCCUGGGACUAUCGCUUCACUGUGUGGGCGGGCUUCGACCCAGCUAGCUUCCAGGCUAACCUGUCAGACGUGCAUGGUGGGGAGCUGUACCUCCUGGAGGAAGACCCAGGUCAGGACCACAACCUGUACAACACCUCUGAGCACAGCCUGCUGCUCUGCAAGCUGGGCCAGGGCCAGCAGCCCUGGGCACAGACCCUUAAACAACACCUCCUAUACCUCACUGCAGGGAAUAAAUCUAAAGGGAUGGCAUGAUGCUUUGUGUAAUGAACUAUUUUGCUGUGUUCAUAAGGGAUGUUUCCAUUCUAGGCAAGUGCCUAUAUCUAGAUUGUUUCAGCUUCUAUUGGCACUUUAGGUUUUUAGGUGUAAUCCUUGUCUUAGCAGUUCAGGUUUCUGAAUGUUGAUGGUGAAUUUCAAUAGCAAGAAUUUGACACCAGCUCUAAAUCGAACCUAACAACUCCAAUAGAUCCCUGUUCACUGGUUAUCAGUAUGCUAGUUUGAGAUCAGACUUAUUUUUCAAGCAUAAGGUAAUGUACUGUAACAAACUGAUGGUGAAAUGUGUAUUUAUAUAGGGAAAGAUCAUUAGGGCCAACAUGGAGGUGUUGGUGAACAUGCUGUACUGUAACAAACUGAUGGUGAAAUGUGUAUUUAUAGAGGGAAAGAUCAUUAGGGCCAACAUGGAGGUGUUGGUGAACAUGCUGUACUGUAAAACUAUCCACGUUCAUACUUUGCACAAAGUGGGGGGGGGGGUAAUCUUGUCAAUGUACAGUAGCAGGAAAAUACUGGUCCUCACAGAGGAUCUACCCCAGUGUGUUCAGGGCCAGCAGACAGCCUUCAUUGCCAGCUGGGCUGGAAAAUUCCAUUCUUGUUUUUUGCAUUCUGAACGUGAGGUCAGGCCAGUUGGCGAUGGAUCCAUGGGCUGAUUGAAGCUUCUUUUAAUUGCUUGCGCCAAAGGGGAAUUGCAUUUGUGCUCAAACUUUAUCUGUGAUUUUAAUUCUCUUUCAACUCCUGUACUUAGUUCUGCUAGAAAAUGUUCCCCAUUUAGGUUCCUUCCCCUGUGAAUGAGGCAGUGUCUUUCAGCUCCCAGACAGUGUUAUCUGGAGAGAAUGUGCAACUCCUCAAACAUAUUGUCCAAAAAUAAUUAUUCUUACCACUCAACUAGUCCUAUCUAUACAAAUGUGUGUUCACUACUUCUUUCAUAAGAGUGACUCUCCUGAAGUUAAGGUAGUGUGUACACUCAAAUUGGUUAAUUUGACUUUAAUCUGUCAGGCACUGUCACUAAACCUUGAGUUGCAGCACUAUCCUGAUGUAAUAGGGCAGGGGAGCGCUUCAUUGACUCAUAUAGGAAUGUUAUUUACCUUAAGUAGACAAUGUGACCUAACACUGAUAGACAAUGGACUUUAACCAUGCAAACCUGUUAAUAUGAUUAAACAAGGAAUCAAUGUGGAUGUGGUAAUGGGUCACUGCUUAAGAUAAUUAUUACUUUGACACAACCAUGUGACAUCUGUGUGGUGAAUGAAUCUGUUACAUCCAGGGUUGGUUUUGAAAAGCGCAUGCAGAUUGAUCGGUUGUGUUUAGGAAUCAAUCCCCAUUUGUUGGUAUUUAACAAAUCCAUAUCAAAUUAGUGUCACUUUGUCUUGCUGAUUCAGAAGCACCUUAUUAGGGUAGCGGGUAAUGGCAAUUUAUUAAUGAAAAAAUGCUUGAUGACGAUUAAUGAAUUGAGAGAAUGAUGCUGAAAAACCAAUCUUUAUUUUAGAAACACAACUCCCAAGUUGCAGCAGCAGCACCCUGCCGGAGGAGGGAGAGUAAAGACUUAUCAGCCCAAUGUCAAACCCAUACAAGCCAGCUGGACUGUUAGGAACUAGUCUGACAACUAUGGUGCGACUUGGAGAUCAUGAGCAGGCUCUCGCUCAUAAUGAAGUGCUCAUUCUUUUGAUCGCUGCCGGUCUCCACAGUCUGGUAUUGAGAUUGGUUAUGGCCCACAGCAACUAUUCAAAACAACUGACCUACACCAGCAAUUCAAUAUGAACUCAGAUUUACAAAAAUUCCCAAUGUUAUGAUAUAGUGUAUCUUAUUUGUCUGUCCUUGCCUGCAGAAUAUGGUAAUUAGAAACAAUAUUAUUCCUCAAACUCAAAACUGCAUUAUAUGUACAGUAUGUAUAUUUGUUUGCAUGAAAUGCACUAUGUCUCGAGGGCAAAUGUGCCUUGUCCUUGUAGCUUGGCUGAGAGGAGCAGCUGGUAGACAGUGUUUAUCUCCAGAGGAUGUUGUACUGUAGGAUAUGGCUGGUAGACAGUGUUUUUCUCCAGAGGAUGUUGUACUGUAGGAUAUGGCUGGUAGACAGUGUUUAUCUCCAGAGGAUGUUGUACUGUAGGAUAUGGCUGGUAGACCGUGUUUUUCUCCAGAGGAUGUUGUACUGUAGGAUAUGGCUGGUAUACAGUGUUUAUCUCCAGAGGAUGUUGUACUGUAGGAUAUGGCUGGUAGACAGUGUUUUUCUCCAGAGGGUGUGGUACUGUAGGAUAUGGCUGGUAGACAGUGUUUUUCUCCAGAGGGUGUUGUACUGUAGGAUAUGGCUGGUAGACAGUGUUUAUCUCCAGAGGAUGUUGUACUGUAGGAUAUGGCUGGUAGACAGUGUUUUUCUCCAGAGGGUGUGGUACUGUAGUAUAUGGCUGGUAGACAGUGUUUAUCUCCAGAGGGUGUUGUACUGUAGGAUAUGGCUGGUAGACAGUGUUUCUCCCCAGAGGAUGUUGUACUGUAGGAUAUGGCUGGUAGACAGUGUUUAUCUCCAGAGGAUGUUGUACUCUAGGAUAUGGCUGGUAGACAGUGUUUAUCUCCAGAGGAUGUUGUACUGUAGGAUAUGGCUGGUAGACAGCAGUGCUCUAGUAAAUGGUGUGGCAGAUAUUACAGCCCAGGAUCUGAUGCCCUCCAUCUGGCCUAGUGAGGCAGAGCGCCAGCCAGGCCAGCAGAGAGUCUAUGCCCCCCUCCUCCCCUCCCUUUUCACCACCCUCUCUCCUGGCACAGUGAAGCUGAGAUGUAUCCCACAGCCAGAGCAGAGGACUAUCUCAGUAGUGAUCAUGUUGACAGCUGUGUUUAACAGAGCCGUCUGGGAUAGGAGACAAGUGGUCACUACUAUGCUCUCAACAUACAGUCGCAAUAAGGGGAUAUUUCAGUGUUGAUAAUGGAUGGCUUCCAAAAGCCCUUAUACGUCUCAAAGAAUACAAUGCUUUUGUUUGUAAGAUUUUAUUUAUGUAUAUAUAUCCUGAACAAAAAUGUAAAGGCAACGUUCUACAAUUUCAAAGGAUUUAUGGAGUUAUAGUUCAUGUAAGGAAUUCAUGUCAGUCAAUUGAAAUAAAUUCAUUAGGCCCUAAUCUAUGGAUUUCCCAUGACAGGGAAGGGGCACAGCCAUGGGUGGGCCUGGGAGGGCAUAGGGCCUACCCACUUGGGAGCCAGGCCCAGCCAAUCAGAAUUCGUUUUUCCCUAAAAAGGGCUUUAUUACAGACAGAAAUACUCCUUAACACCCCCCCCACACACACACACACACACACACACAAUUCCCUAAAACAAUGUUGGAGGCGGCUUAUGGUAGAGAAAACAUUACAUUCUCUGGCAACAUCUCCUGCAGUCAGCAUGCCAAUUGCACAGUCCCUCAAUUUGAGACAUCUGUGGCAUUGUGUUGUGUGACAAAAACAAACUCCACUUACACUAUUGUACUGGUCAGUCCUUUAAAUAGACCUACUAUCUGUGACUCUUGUUUACCUGACUGUCUGUGUAUUUAAUAAGAUUAACUUCAAAGAUGCAUAAUUCAUUUUUUUUAACCUCUUUUUCUACUGACAGCUGCCAUAUGUUUAAUUUCAGUCAUAAACAUUUCCAUGGAGAUGCAUUACAAAGUAAAACAGAUCCAGAGUUGACGCUCCAUGUGAAAACAUAUCAGACAAUUACGUGAAGUUUCUAAUGAAACCCUCUAAGAUUUUCAUACAAACAUAAUAUUGCUGUCUGAAAUUGUUAUUCAAAUGUGUGUGCCAAUAUCAAUUAAUAUGCAAAGGUAUUUUUUUGUGGUGAAUUUUCUAUAGGUUUUAUGAAUAAAGAUGACCCAAUUUCCGAAACCUGUCGAUCUACUUAAAUUAAUCGAUUAAUUGUCACGCCUUGGUCUUAGUAUUUUGUGUUUCCUUUAUUAUUUGGUCAGGCCAGGGUGUGACAUGGGUUUAUGUUGUUGUAUUUCGUAUUGGGGUUUUUGUAUUAUUGGGAUUACGGCUGAGUAGGGGUGUUGUAUGGGCUUGGCUGCCUGAGGCGGUUCUCAAUCAGAGUCAGGUGAUUCUCGUUGUCUCUGAUUGGGAACCGUAUUUAGGUACCCUGGUUUCGCUUUGUAUUUUGUGGGUGAUUGUUCCUGUCUCUGUGUAGUUUCACCAGAUAGGCUGUAAUAGGUUUCACGUUCCGUUUGUUGUUUUGUAUUUUGUAUAUUACGUUAUUUUCAUGUAUCGUCAUUUUAUUCAUUAAAGAACAUGAGUAACAACCA